AUGACAACUCCUUCAAAGUCUCCUGUGACUGAUCAGGAGUGCAUUAGGCUUGAGAAACUAGGGGACAAUGUUUCUGAUGGAAACACCACCAAGCUGGUGACUGGCGGCCCACCCAGAAAGAAGAUGGACCAGUUCAGUGGGGUAUGCAGACUGAGCACCAUCUCAGAGCAAGAGUCAGAGAAGCUGGACACAGAUCCUGUUUCCCAUGAACCCCUUGGUGCCAGUGAAUGGGGUGGUUCCAGCUUCUCUUUGUGUUCUGACAAGUUUAGGAACAGCAGCAGUCAUUUUUCCUCUGAUGAUUCUUACCAGCCUGGCACUGGAGAUGACUGCGCAUCUCUUCUGCUCGCCUGUCUGUAUUGUCGUUUCCAUGAGUUAAUGGCACUGCUACCGGAUACGUGUGUGAGGGCCGUGAGUCGCUGUUUUCCCUCAUACAGAUACAUCAUGGCGUCGAGUGAGAGGGGCCAGCAGGGAAAAGACUGCUGCAAUUGCAAGCUAGAGCUGGACUGUAAUUUCUGUGGCUCCUGUCAGGAUGCCGGAGAACUAAUAGAGUUGGCCAUGGAGAUAUCGGAGGUGUGCUAUCGCUGA